CGCACCACACGCAUAUAAGCCUUAACUUGGCCUUACUCCACUGCAGACCCAUCAACUCAACCUCUUGCUCGCUUACCACUAUGGUCAAAGGUUCUGACGUCCUUCUAAUCCUUGUUGCUAUCAUUUUUCCACCAGCUGCUGCUGCUUUCAUCACUGGCUGCAGCUGUGACUUGCUCAUAAAUAUUUGUUUGACUAUCCUGGGAUAUAUUCCCGGACAUAUUCACGCCUUUUGGCUCAUCUACAAGAAGAUGCAAGCCGAAGAAAGAUAUGGUCAUGGAGGAUUCCAUUACAUCGGCAACGGACAUUACCAGCCUCUCAAUCAAGGUUUUGGCGCUCCUGCAAACUAUGGCACAGCAGGGCCUUAGGAUGAUAUCUGCCACUCAGAUGAACACGGUACUGUAGCACGCUACUCUUCCACUUGUAGAGCUUUACCACUAGGCUUUGUUUAUUAUUGCCCAUACCUUAUGAGCUUUGUUGCUAUCAUCAUUCUUUCAAAGUCUUGAAGACUUAUGGAUUU